ACACUGCCACCUCUCACCCAGAGGCUCAAAUCCAGCAGUCGCUGACAAAAGCAUGAACUUUCCCCUCUGCACUUUGAUCUUCUACCAUUCACGUGGGUCACCAUGGCUGACAAUCGGUUGUUAUUCCAUGAGAUGGGGCUGGAUGAUCGGAUUCUUAAGGCAGUUGCUGACUUGGGCUGGGCACAGCCAACACUUAUCCAAGAGAAGACAAUCCCACUGGCAUUAGAAGGAAAAGACUUGCUAGCAAGGGCAAGAACUGGUUCAGGAAAAACAGCUGCUUAUGCUAUCCCUAUAAUACAGCGCAUCCUAAAUGUUAAAAUGUCUGUGAUGGAGCAGGCAGUUCGAGCUCUUGUACUGGUGCCAACAAAGGAGCUUGGAAAGCAGGUUUUGGAGAUGAUGCGGCAGCUUACGGCAUAUUGUUCCCGUGAUGUGCGUAUAGCUGAUGUCUCUGUUCAGGCAGAUAUCUCUGCACAGAGGCCGAUUCUGAUGGAGAAGCCAGAUGUAGUGGUUGGAACUCCGUCUCGUGUCUUGAUACAUUUGCAGCAGCAGAAUCUGAACCUCCGUAGUGCAUUAGAGCUUCUGGUCAUUGAUGAGGCAGACCUUGUGUUCUCAUUUGGCUUUGAGAAUGACCUUAAAUCCUUACUGGGCUAUUUGCCAAAUAUCUAUCAGGCAUUUCUAAUGUCUGCUACAUUUAAUGAAGAUGUCCUGGCACUUAAGAAACUAGUACUGCAUAAUCCAGUAGUCCUGAAACUUCAGGAGUCACAGCUGCCUGACAGCUCUCAGCUGGCUCAGUAUCACAUUCGGUGUGAAGAGGAGGACAAAUUCUUACUGAUCUACACCUUACUGAAACUCUCACUGGUGCGUGGCAAAACAAUUGUCUUCAUCAACUCGAUUGAUCGAUGCUACAGACUUAAACUUUUCCUUGAGCAGUUCAGCAUCCCUGCUUGCGUACUGAACUCUGAGCUGCCUGUUCAUUCCAGGUGCCACAUUAUCUCUCAGUUUAACCACGGCUUUUAUGAUUACAUCAUUGCAACAGAUGAACAUUCCUUGAAUGACCCAUCCACUACAAGUAAAGAUGAGAAGAAAACUAAUAAAAAGAGGAAAACUGGCAGCGGAGAGAAGGGAAAGGACAAGGAAUAUGGUGUUUCCCGAGGAAUUGACUUCCAAAAUGUGUCUAAUGUGAUCAACUUUGACUUCCCAACGAAUGUGGACUCUUAUAUUCAUCGAGUGGGCAGGACGGCGCGUGCUGACAAUCCAGGUACAGCACUGACCUUUGUCUCACACUCGGAGCUGCCACUGCUGCAGGAAGUUGAAAAGGCACUCAUGGGAGACUCCCCAGACAUGGCACUCAAACCAUACCAGUUUAGAAUGGAAGAGGUGGAGGGAUUUCGGUACCGGUGUCGGGAUGCUAUGCGCUCCGUCACCAAGCAGGCAAUUAAAGAGGCUCGUCUUAAGGAAAUAAAGGAGGAGCUGUUAAACUCUGAGAAACUGAAGACAUUCUUUGAAGAUAAUCCCCGUGAUUUCCAGCUUCUGCGCCAUGAUAAGCCUAUCCAUCCAGCUCGAGUGAAACCACACCUGAAAAAUGUCCCGGAUUACCUAAUCCCCAAGACAUUGCGAUCAGUUGCACGGACCCUUAUUGGUGGAAAAAAAAGGACUCGCACAGUACAGCACAGGAAUGUCAAGGGACAUGGAAAGAUGAACCCUUUAAGAGGCUUCAAAUACACAAAGAAGUCUUCACAGUCAACAGAUCAGACAAGACGCAAGUAAGGACAAACACCCAGACUGUGGGUGAGAGCCGCAUCAAUAAUUUGUUGAAACACUGGUGCAAGUUUGGACAUGGUGAAUAAAUCACUUUUGGAAGUGCAUCCUGGCAAAACAGAUACUCUGCCGUUGGGUUUAUCACACAUACUCCAGGUAUCUGCACUUUAGUGGUUAUCCAGAAGUGAACAGCUGUGAUGGAUUCUCAUAUUCCUCAGUAACGCACUGUCUUCAGUAACAUGUUUCCCCUGCAGGCUGUGUAUACCUUGAAAUGUGUCUUUUUUUAAUUCUGUAAAGAAGGUCUGACAGCCAUUUGUCUUGCAGAGUUCUCCACUCUUUUUCUGAGGAACACUUGAAUAUAAUCUCUGAAGGAGACUGGAUAUGAGAAAUGCUUUGAACAUUAUUUCAGUGACAGAAGCGUGAAGACUUUUUACAUGUGAUUUUGGAUUUCCCCAAAUCUCAGGAACUUUUGGUCUUAUAUGCAAUUACCUUACCCAACAUAUGAUGUACAAUGAUGCCAGUAUGGGUGCUUUGGUUUCCACACAGCCUGAAGUGCAUUUCACUGGUAUUUUUCAGGGCUGCCUGUUACUUUUUCCUGUAACAGUUCUUGGAGUUUAUAGGGGGGGGGGGGUUGUCCGAUAAACAGACAGAAGUCUUAACACCAACCUUCCCAAGGUAGAGAGAGUACACUGCAUGUUUGGCCAUUUAAUACUCCGUCAUUGGCCAGCCAUGAGACACCUGAGGCCAGUACUGAAACUGCCAACUGGCGUUAAUACAUGGAGGGGCUGUUCUUUCAUACUGUUAAGACAGCCUGUAACAUUUUUAUGGUUCCCCUAUGUUUCUUCACUGUUUGUGUACCAUUACUUUCCUCAGAAACAAGAGGCUUAAAGGAAAAAGGCAGUUACUGCCAGACUGCAAACCUUUUUUAAGGGGAGGAUGAGUAUUGGCAGGAGUUCCAUGAAGAAAUUGGCAUAAAUGAUCAACUGUGUUUUCUGUCUACCUGGAACUCCUUUCUUUCUUCCAGUUAUCAGUAGGAUACCACUUGCAACAGAAACUACCAUUUUGUGUUUUGCCACUGCAGUUUUACCAGUAAUGUGAUAAAAAAAUGUAUUUAUUAAAACUUUAACCAGAACAUUAA